AGAAUUGUCAUUCAUCGUCGUCAUCAUGAAAUAUUGAAAUUCACCAUAACAAUAAUCUCCCUAAUUAAUUUAUUAAUUAUCAAUAUUGCCUAAAUAAUUAAUUCCAGGUUUGGUCUAAAUAUAUAAUUACGACAAAAGAGAGAGAUGCCGAGCAGUCAUGCAGGUUCUACGUCGUCAAGAAGAAGCAGCAUGUCUCAUCAUCAACGUAGACGACAUUCCGAGAGUACUGCAAGAAGCAGAGCACCUGCUCCUUUACCUACACCCGAUCGUAGAUCCAUUAGUUCUUCUUCUCGUUCAAUGGGACUAACAGGGGAACGUACAGUGAAGCGAUUGCGUCUCUCAAAGGCUUUGACAGCGCCUGAAACGACAAGCAUUUAUGAAGCAUGCCGAAGAAUGGCUGCUAGAAAAGUUGAUGCUCUUUUGGUCACAGAUUCAAAAUCUUUACUAUGUGGGAUAUUGACAGAUAAGGAUAUUGCAACAAGAGUUAUUGCUCGUGAGAUUGAUUUUGAGAACACACCUGUCUCAAAAGUGAUGACAAGAAAUCCUGUUUUUGUACUUGCUGAUACUCUUGCUGUGGAAGCCCUGCAAAAGAUGGUGCAAGGGAAAUUUAGGCACUUGCCUGUUGUAGAGCAUGGACAAGUUAUUGCUUUGCUCGACAUAGAAAAGUGUUUAUAUGAUGCUAUUGCACGUAUGGAACGUGCAGCUGAAAAAGGGAAGGCCAUAGCAGCUGCUGUUGAGGGUGUUGAGAAGCACUGGGGAUCUUCUAUUUCCAGUUCCAACACAUUUGUUGAAUCACUUCGUGAGCGAAUGUUCAGGCCAUCUUUAUCUACAAUAAUCUCCGAGAAUCCAAAGAUUGUCACAGUUUCACCAUCUGACACAGUGGUAACAGCAACAAAAAAGAUGCUUGAGUAUCGCAUGAGCUCUGCUGUUGCAACUGUUGAUAACAAGCCAGUCGGGAUUUUAACGUCAAAGGAUAUUUUGAUGAGAGUGAUAGCACAAGAUCUUCGCCCUGAAUUAAUCUUAGUUGAGAAGGUGAUGACCCCGAAUCCUGAAUGUGCAACACUUGAUACUCCUAUUCUCAAUGCCCUGCAUAAUAUGCAUGAUGGAAAGUACUUACAUCUUCCUGUUGUUGAUAAAGAGGGAGCUGUCGUUGCCAUUGUCGAUGUGCUUCACAUAACUCAUGCCGCGGUAACCACAGUGGGAAAUACUGCCGGAAUAGAUAAUGAAACUGCAAGCUCAAUGAUGCAGAAGUUUUGGGAUUCUGCCAUGGCAAUAACACCUAUAGACGAAGACGAUGAACUAAGGAGUGAGAGUUCCUUCAGAUUAAUGUCUGAAGCAGAAACAACUAAAUCUCUUCCUUAUCCUUCAUCAACGAUACCUAAUACAUUCGGUUUCAAAAUCCAAGAUAAACGGGGCCGGAUGCAUAGAUUUAUAUGUGAUACUCGAAGUUUAGCAGAUCUUAUAACUGCUAUACUUCAAAGAGUAGGUGGUGAGAUCGACCGACGGAAUCUACCACAAAUUCUGUAUGAAGAUGAAGACAAAGACAAGGUUAUACUUGCAACUGAUAGUGAUCUUGCUGCAGCUGUUGAACAUGCAAGAUUAUCUGGUUGGAAGGGCUUAAAGUUACAUCUAGAUUAUUCUGGGAUACCUAAAUAUCGAAAGGGCGCUUCCACAGAAGCAGGCAGUAUGGACUACAUUCAACGAGAUGCAUGGACUACUGCAUACAGCUCGGUUGCAGCUGGAGCUGCCUUGGUAGCUGGCUUAGGCAUGGUUGCUUUCUUGAGAAGAGCAGGCAACUAAGACUCGGGUUUUUCUUAUAUGUCAGUGUUACCAACUUUUGGUGUGGGCUGUGGAAAACAAAAGAGGACUCGUGUUGUUGCUGUUGAAAUUUGGCAGAUCCUCAUUACUUCAACUCUUCGAUGUGCAUAUUCUUUCCUUGAAGUGUUGUUAGAUAUUCCAAAGGCGUAUUGUACAGGUAGUUUUCUGCACUAGACCAAUAGGUUAUAUAUAACAAAAGUUAUUGAUGGACAUUGGAUUGUUCAACUGCGGUGCUGAUUUGUUAUUUAAGAUACGGUUACCUUUUUGAUGAUAA